AAUGAUUGUGGGGCAGUAACCGCGGGGCACUCGCAGUGGGGCAAUCUCCAGCUAUGCACUCUAUGAAAGCGUUGGGCAUUACGCUCAUUGUGGUCAUUGGAGUUGGUGUAAUUGCAGGUGCCAUAACAUGGGCGGUCAUAGCAACGAGGGAGCCCGCACCUCCCCCCCCGGAACUAAUCGACCUCGAUUGGUGGCAGCACUGCGUCCUUUACCAAAUCUACCCUCGGUCCUUCAAGGACAGCGAUGGAAAUGGCAUUGGUGAUUUGAAAGGUAUCACCUCACAAUUGGAGCAUUUCGUGGAAGCUGGAGUCGACGCCAUGUGGAUGAGCCCUAUAUUCGAAUCCCCCAUGGUGGACUUCGGCUAUGAUAUCAGCAACUUCUAUGAAAUCCACCACGAAUACGGCACUAUGGAAGACUUCGACAAUUUACUCAGGAGGGCCCAUGAGUUAGGUAUCAAAGUUCUGCUGGACUUCGUUCCGAACCACGCCAGCAAUGCGUCCGAAUACUUCAUAAAGUCUGAAGCCAUGGAGACCGGAUACGAAGACUUCUUCGUGUGGGCGGACGCUUUGCCGGACCCCAACAACGCGUCCAAUAGACUUCCGCCAUCAAACUGGGUCAGCCAAUUCGCUAAUUCAGCGUGGGAAUGGAGUGAUGUGCGUCAACAGUAUUAUCUGCACCAGUUCGCCAUCGAACAACCUGACUUCAACUUUAGGAACCCAGCAGUUAAGGACGAGAUGAUAAAAAUCAUGAAAUUCUGGCUUGACAAGGGCGUAGAUGGAUUCAGGGUGGACGCCCUUCCCUAUAUGAUGGAAGCAGACCCUGCAGACCACGGUGGUCGCUAUCCAGACGACCCGUUAAGUGGUCUGGCGGAGUUCAAGCCCCAUCAACUGGGGUACACCAUUCCGCUCUAUACGAAGGAUCUCAUCGAGCUGUAUGAUGUUGUGUACGAAUGGAGAGAGUUUAUCGAUCAAUACCAGAAAGAUAAAGGCGGGGAGACCCGUGUGAUAUUCUCGGAAGGAUACGCCAACGUCUCCAUGACGAUGCUGUAUUACGGCAACGAAGACGGAGACAUCGGCGCUCACUUCCCGUUCAACUUCGACUUCAUCCGGGAACUGUCGGACGAAUCCACUGCGCGGGACUUCGCGUACACCGUCUUGAGAUGGCUGACCUAUAUGCCCGCAGGCGCUGUUCCUAACUGGCAGACUGGCAACCACGACAAUAACCGGGCGCCAUCGAGAUUCCGCAUCAACAUGGUGGACGGGCUCAACUCGCUCAACUUGCUGCUGCCGGGUGUGGCCGUGACGUACCAGGGCGAAGAAAUAGGUAUGAGAGACGGCUACGUGAGCUGGGAAGACACAGUGGACGUCGAGGCCCUGCGACGCGGAGACAACGAGACUUACUUGCUGUACUCCCGGGACCCUUGCAGGACUCCCUACCACUGGAACAACUCCACCAACGCCGGGUUCUCCACCGGAAACAGAACAUGGCUGCCUGUCGCUAAGGACUACCCAGAAAUUAAUCUUGCUAAGCAGAAGGACGAUGCCCGCAGCCACUUUAAGGUCUAUCAAACACUAAUAAAACUGCGAAAAGAAAAGGCUCUCUCACACGGGGAGUUCCUAAUAAGGGCGCUUUCAAACAGAACGUUCUACCUCGUGCGGUACCUGAGGACAUAUGACACCAUCGUGCUGCUGUUCAACGUCGCAGACGCGUCCGACACCAUUGAACUGAGCAGAGUUCUAAAGCUCGAGCUUCCAGCGACAGUCGUGGUUUCCAGUAUCCACUCUACGAGGGUAGCGGGAGACACAAUAGAUGGAGAGAACUUGACUCUAGAAGCAGGUGAAGCGAUUGUUCUGAGAGCUAAACCUGUAUCAUGACGUCAUUAACAAU